CUGUAUUUUAACAAUAUUCAUUAAAAGUCGCAUUUACCAUUUUCAUUCCCAUUUCUCUUCAUCCAAGUCUCACUCUCUGACUUCUGACACCACCACCCAAACUCCGACCACCACUCGCCACCGGCACCGGAUCUCCCUCUCAGAACCACCGUUAAGGUUGUAAAAGGUGUGGAGUUUAGCCAGGUUGCAUGUCACAAUCUAUAUAGCAGAUAUCUUAAAAUGGGACGAUUAAAGAUGCAACCUGGAAUUAAAGCAAUUGAAGAAGAGCCAGAAGAUUAUGAAAACACCAUUUCCGAUAGGGAUAAAGCUGCUUUAGGAUGCAUGAUUAACACCGAAAUCGGUGCUGUAUUAGCUGUAAUGAGAAGAAACGUAAGAUGGGGAGGUCGUUAUAUGUCGGGUGAUGAUCAACUGGAGCACACUCUCAUCCAAUCUCUCAAGGCACUAAGAAGACAAAUAUUUUCAUUGCAGCAUUCAUGGCAUGCUGUCAAUCCAGCUGUGUAUCUACAACCAUUUUUGGAUGUUAUUCGAUCUGAUGAAACUGGUGCACAGAUUACAGGCGUUGCUUUGUCGUCUCUUUAUAAGAUCUUGACCCUUGAUGUACUUGAUCUGAACACUGUUAAUGUCGAAGACGCCAUGCAUUUGGUAGUUGAUGCUGUUACAAGCUGCAGGUUUGAAGUCACUGAUCCAGCAUCUGAAGAAGUAGUCCUCAUGAAGAUCUUACAAGUUUUACUUGCUUGUAUGAAAAGCAAAGCUUCGGUUAUGUUAAGUAAUCAACACGUUUGCACCAUUGUGAACACGUGUUUCCGUGUCGUUCAUCAAGCAGGAAAUAAAGGUGAAUUGUUGCAGCGUAUGGCCCGCCAUACCUUGCAUGAAAUCAUUAGGUGUAUCUUUUCACAUCUUCCCGAUGUUGCCAAACAAGAGGUCAACGGGCUGACCGAUGAUAGUUCGUUCGGUGGUAAGCAGUUGGAAAACGGUAAUGGUGGUUCUGAGUUUGACGCUAAUAUAGUGGUUCCCGCUAUAAAUGAGAAUAUAGUGGUCCUUGGUACCGGAAAAGAUGCAGUUUCAUAUGAUUUGAAUUUAAUGACGGAACCGUACGGUGUGCCUUGUAUGGUGGAGAUAUUUCAUUUCUUAUGUUCAUUGCUAAACGCCGUUGAACACAUGGCAAUCGGUCCAAGAGCAAACACCGUAGCUUAUGAUGAAGACAUACCCCUUUUUGCUUUAGGUCUGAUCAAUUCCGCAAUCGAAUUGGGCGGCUCCGCCAUACGCCGCCACCCGAGAAUAUUAACUUUAGUGCAAGAUGAGCUCUUUCGUAAUCUGAUGCAAUUUGGCUUAUCAACAAGCCCUCUAAUUCUUUCAAUGAUCUGCAGCAUUGUUUUAAACCUAUAUCAACAUUUGCGUACCGAACUUAAACUACAACUUGAAGCUUUCUUUUCGUGUGUGAUUUUAAGACUCGCACAAAGCAGAUACGGAGCUUCGUACCAGCAGCAAGAGGUUGCUAUGGAGGCACUUGUUGACUUUUGUAGACUGAAAUCUUUCAUGGUGGAGAUGUAUGCCAAUCUAGAUUGCGAUAUAACAUGCAGCAAUAUAUUCGAAGAUCUCGCUAGUUUGUUAUCCAAAAGUGCGUUCCCUGUAAACUGUCCACUAUCCGCGAUGCAUAUUCUCGCUUUAGACGGUUUAAUCGCUGUGAUUCAGCGAAUGGCUGAGAGAAUAAGCAACGCACCAGUUAGUUCCGAAUUAGCUCCAGUAAACCUCGAAGAGUAUACGCCGUUUUGGAUGGUUAAAUGUGAUAACUACAGUGAUCCUGAUUACUGGGUCCCGUUUGUACGCAGGAGAAAGUACAUAAAAAAGCGGCUUAUGAUCGGAGCUGAUCAUUUUAACAGAGAUCCGAAAAAAGGGCUCGAGUUUCUUCAAGGAACGCAUCUUUUACCCGUAAAACUUGACCCGCAGAGCGUGGCUUGCUUUUUCCGGUACACUGCUGGCUUAGAUAAGAAUCUUGUCGGGGAUUUUUUGGGUAAUCACGAUGAGUUUUGUGUUCUGGUUCUUCAUGAAUUUGCUGGAACUUUCGAUUUCCAAGAUAUGAAUCUGGAUACUGCGUUACGUCUCUUUUUAGAGACGUUUAGGCUACCGGGAGAAUCACAAAAGAUACAGAGGGUGUUGGAGGCGUUUUCCGAGAGAUAUUAUGAGCAAUCACCGCAGAUUCUUGCUAACAAAGAUGCUGCUCUUUUAUUGUCGUAUUCUUUAAUUAUGCUCAAUACCGAUCAGCAUAACGUUCAAGUUAAGAAGAAGAUGACAGAGGAGGAUUUCAUAAGAAAUAACCGUCACAUUAACGGUGGCAACGAUCUCCCUCGAGAAUUCUUGUCCGAGCUCUACGAUUCGAUUUGCAAAAACGAAAUACGAACGAUCCCGGAUCAAAGUGCCGCCUUCCCCGAAAUGAACCCUAGCCGUUGGAUUGAUCUAAUGCACAAGUCGAAGAAAACCGCACCAUUCAUUUUGUCAGAUUCGAAAAGUCACCUUGACCGUGAUAUGUUUGCUGUGAUGUCCGGCCCGACAAUUGCUGCUAUAUCUGUUGUGUUUGACCAUGCUGAGGUGGAAGACGUGUUCCAAACGUGUAUCGAUGGGUUCUUAGCUGUUGCGAAAAUUUCAGCCUGCCAUCAUCUUGAAGAUGUUUUGGAUGAUUUGGUUGUUUCUCUUUGCAAGUUCACCACGCUUUUGAACCCCUCGUCUGCUGAAGAACCGGUUUUAGCCUUUGGUGAUGAUGCAAAGGCUAGGAUGGCAACCAUAACCGUUUUCACCAUCGCCAAUAGGUACGGUGAUUUUAUUCGGGCGGGUUGGAGGAACAUUCUGGAUUGCAUCUUGAAGCUGCACAAGCUCGGUCUUCUUCCCGCUCGAGUUGCUAGUGAUGCAGCUGAUGAUUCAGAACUCUCAUCUGAACCGGGACACGGGAAGCCAUUAACAAAUUCUUUAUCCAAUGCUCACAUGCCAGCUGUCAGUACCCCACGGAGGUCAUCCGGGUUAAUGGGCCGGUUCAGCCAACUCUUAUCUCUUGACACAGAGGAACCAAGACUCCAACCAACCGAACAACAACUUGCUGCACAUCAGCGUACUCUUCAAACCAUUCAAAAAUGCCACAUUGAUAGUAUUUUCACCGAGAGCAAGUUUCUUCAAUCUGAUUCGUUGUUACACCUUGCCCGGGCUCUCAUUUGGGCAGCCGGGCGGCCUCCCAAGGGUAAUAGCUCUCCCGAAGACGAAGAUACCGCGGUUUUCUGCUUAGAGUUAUUAAUCGCAAUCACAUUAAACAAUAGGGACAGGAUUGUAAUUCUGUGGCAGGGUGUUUACGAACACAUAGCCGGUAUCGUCCAGACGACUGCCAUGCCGUGUGCGCUUGUUGAAAAAGCGGUUUUUGGACUUUUAAGAAUCUGUCAACGGCUUCUUCCUUACAAAGAGAAUUUAGCGGAUGAUCUUUUACGGUCGCUUCAACUAGUCUUGAAACUUGAUGCCAGGGUGGCGGACGCGUAUUGUGAGCAGAUAACACAGGAAGUGAGCCGUUUAGUGAAAGCAAACGCCUCUCAUAUCCGCUCCCAAAUGGGUUGGAAGACGAUUACGUCUUUACUUUCCAUCACCGCGCGGUAUCCGGAAGCUUCCGAGGUCGGAUUUGAUGCGCUUCUGUUUAUUAUGUCUGACGGGAUCAACUUAAUGCCAGCUAAUUUUACCACGUGUGUGGAAGCGGCAAGACAGUUUGCUGAGUCACGUGUUGCACAUGCUGACAGGUCCAUUCGUGCACUCGAUCUUAUGUCGGGGUCCAUCAUUUGUCUGACUCAGUGGGCCCAAGAAGCCCGAGAAGCCAUGGGGGAAAUGGAGGCUGCGAAAACAUGUCAAGAUAUAGGAGAGAUGUGGUUGAGACUCGUGCAAGGGUUAAGAAAAGUUUGUCUGGAUCAGAGAGAAGAUGUUAGGAACCACGCUCUUCUAUCGUUACAAAUGUGUCUGACCGGGGUUGACCAGGUCAACAUCCAACACGGUCUCUGGCUACAAUGUUUUGACAUGGUGAUCUUCACGGUUCUUGAUGACUUACUAGAAAUCUCGCAAGGACACACUCAAAAAGAUUUCAGAAACAUGGAAGGAACACUUGUGUUGGCUUUAAAACUUCUUUCGAAAGUGUUUCUACAACUGCUUCCCGAGCUUUCCCAAGUAACGACGUUUUGUAAACUAUGGUUGGGCGUUCUUAGUCGGAUGGAGAAAUACGUAAAAGUCAAAGUCAGAGGCAAAAAGAACGAAAAGCUUCAAGAAUUAGUCCCCGAACUUCUAAAGAACAUUUUAAUCGUCAUGAAAACGAAAGGAGUUUUGGUUCAAAGAAGCGCCCUUGGCGGAGACAGCUUAUGGGAACUCACAUGGCUUCAUGUGAAUAUCAUUGCCCCGUCACUUCAAUCAGAAGUAUUUCCAGACCAAGAUUCUGAACAAAAACAUGAAAAUUGUGGUGAAAAUGAAGAAACUGGGUGACUGUUGUACAGAGUGUAUUCAUGUUUGGUUUGGUUUUGUUGGUAUGACUGUGAGUAUGGAUUUUUAAUAGUACAGAGGAAUGAAAAUUCCAUACCCAAGGGUUUCAUUUAUGAUUCUUUCAUUCCCAAACUCUUGAUCCAAACACAUACUUAGUUGUGAUUAUUAUUGUCUAAUUUUCGAGUGAUCGAUCGGCAGUUUGUAACA